GACGGAAAUCGCAGCCGGAAGUGUCAGUGUGACCGCAGAGAAGGAUGGCGGGGCUGGUGAAGAAGACAACCGGCCUGGUCGGCCUCGCAGUGUCCCUCAAUCCACAUGAGCGUCUGAAGGUUCUCUACUCAAAGAUCCUUGCGACGCUGCAGACAAUGCCACAGGACGCCGCCUACAGGAAGUACACGGAGCAGCUGGUCAACGAGCGAUUUGGCCACGUAGAAGCGGAGACUGAUGUUGACACGCUGGAGAAGAAAAUAAACUGUGGUCAGAUUGAAGAAGUCAUUUUCCAGGCGGAGUGUGAGCUGGCUCUCUCCAGGAAGAUGUCAGAGUGGAAACCAUGGGAGCCACUGACAGAGGAGCCUCCUCCAAACCAGUGGAAAUGGCCCAUCUGAAAUACUGUAUACUACUAUCUGUGUGUGUGUGAGAUCCAAUAAAAGUCCUUCAAAGAUUUCCCCA